CGGUGGCGGAGCGGGGGCUGCGCUGGUGGCGUCAUGGCGGAGGUGGUGGUUCAGUGCCGGAUCCAGUACCUGGAGGACUCGGAUCCCUUCGGCUGCGGCAGCUUCCCGGAGCCACGGCGAGCCCCGGUUUAUGCCGUGGUGGAGGCGCUGCCCCUUGGGGCGCAGCUGCCCGCGCUGCACCGCCUGGUCGGGACUCCGCUGCCGCUGGAGGACUGCACACUGCAGGUCUCACCCUCUGGGCACUACCUGGACCUUGACUUAUCCCUGCUGGAGCAGAAGGAUGAUCUGGAAAGUUUCUACGAGGAGGUCAGGAAGGGGAGACGGCCAACCCUGAUCCUUCGCACACAGCUCUCUGUCCGAGUCCAUGCCAUCAUUGAGAAGCUGUACAACUCGCAAGGGCCGGAGCUGCGGCGAUCUCUCUUCUCCCUCAAGCAGCUUUUUCAGGAGGACAAGGACCUGGUGCCGGAGUUUGUGAACCUGGAUGGGCUGACGUGCCUGAUCAAAGUGGGGGCAGAGGCUGACCAGAACUACAAGAAUUACAUCCUCCGGGCCUUGAGCCAGAUCAUGCUCUUCGUGGAUGGGAUGCAGGGUGUCAUCAACCACAACGAGACUGUCCAGUGGCUCUACACUCUGUCAGGAAGCCCAUAUCGCCUGGUGGUGAAGAUGGCUCUGAAGCUGCUGCUGGUGUUUGUGGAGUACACAGAGCCCAAUGCCCUGCUUGUCAUCCACGCCGUCAAUGCCGUGGACCAGGCAAGAGGAACCUGUCCCUGGUCCAACCUGAUGGCUGUCCUGGAGCAACGCAAUGGGGCUGACACAGAGCUGCUGGUCUUUGCCAUGACACUGAUCAACAAGACACUGGCAGCCCUCCCAGACCAGGAUACGUUUUACGAUGUGACGGACUGCCUGGAGCAGCAGGGCAUGGAACAGGUGGUGCAGCAGUUCCUAGGCAGCAAGGGCACCGACCUUGACUUGAAACACCAGUUCACACUCUACGAGAGCGCUCUCAAACUGGAGGAUGGUGUGGAAGAGCCACCCUCAGGGGGACGCAAGGACCGGAGGAGGACAGACGAGGGCCGGCGUGGGUGGCGAUUCCAGGCCGGCUGCCCAGAGCCUGGUCCUGAUGCACAGCUUGGGUCCCCUGGAACCCCAAAGGAGCCCCCCACUGAGGAGACCCCAGCUGUCCCCAUGCUGAGCAGCCCAACAGACCUGUGUCCCAGCAGUGUCUUCAGCAGCGCGUCCAGCGUGCAGCUCACACUGGCCUCCCCACCGGCUGACAAGGAGCAGCCUCCAGCCCCAGGCGAGCGCAGUGUCUACAGGCUGCGCCAAACUGCCCCUGUCUGGCGGGAGGAUGACCCCUCCUUGCAUGGGGACAAGCCUAUUUUGAGGAGGUUUGAAGCUCGCUUCCUGGAGAAUCUGGCUGCAGCCCAGAAGGACAAGAUCUCUUCCAUGACCAAGGGACGGCUCAAUGUCUUCAGUGAUGCUGCCCUGCAGCAUCCCACCACUCUCGCUUGGGACAGGGAUAGCAGUGCCCCUGAGUCCAGCAUGGAGACACCCAACACAAGGUCUUGCCUGGCUCAGCAGGACACCACUGAUUCCUGCAGCACCAUCUCCUCUGACACCAAGUUCAUGCUGGACAUGCUCUACGCUAAAGGCUCCUCAGAGCCAGGGAGGGAGAAGAUCUCCCCUGAGGUCUCCUCAUCUGCCCUGGUCCAGGGUGAGGUGGUGAUGGAUACCGUUGGAGGUGGCAGCCAGGAGCAGGAGGGUUCCUGGUCCCAUGGCAGGGCUCCAGAUGGGCUGGUGGCCAGUGCUCAUGCCAAGCUAGCGCGUGCCAUGUCCAGCGUAGAUGCUGAGACCCACACACAGAAGUUGGAGAACACUGGGAUGAUGCCCAUCAAGAAGGAUGUGGAGCUGACAUGGGAGCGCCUGGAGGCCAGCCCUGCACAGCUGAAGAUCAAGGACCUGGACUUUACUGAUCUGGGGGAAGAAGAAGACUUUGACAUCCUGGACACGGGGCCAAUAACCAAUGGCUCCUUGCUCCCUCCCGCAAUUGAAGUAACAAAAGCUGGAGCAUUAAUGGCUCCCCCUCCACCUCCUGCUGUCCUUGGCUGCCCACCACCUCCACCUCCACCUCCUGCAUUUUCUGGCUGCCCACCACCUCCACCUCUUGCUGUCCCUGGCUGCCCACCUCUGCCAGGGCUGCCAGGCCCUUCCAUAAUGGAUGGUCCCUCUGAGGCCAAGAAGAAGACAGUGAAGCUCUUCUGGAAGGAGUUGAAGCAGCUAGAUGGCACUGUGGGGACAGGCAGGUUUGGCCAGGCGACGCUGUGGGCAUCCCUGCAGAGCGUUGAAGUCAAUACUGCCAAACUGGAACAUCUCUUUGAGUCACGGUCAAAGGAAGUACCAACUUCAAAGAAGGCCAUUGAUGGGAAGAAGGUGGUUGUGGUGCUGGACCCCAAGAGGAGCAACGCUAUCAACAUUGGCCUCACGGUACUGCCGCCUGUGCACAUCAUCAAGACAGCUGUGCUCAACUUCGAUGAGUUUGCAGUCAAUAAGGAAGGGAUUGAGAAAAUCCUGACCAUGGUUCCAACCGAGGAGGAGAAGCAGAAGAUCCAGGAGGCCCAGCUGGCUAACCCUGAUGUGCCCUUGGGCUCUGCGGAGCAGUUCCUGCUCUCCCUGUCUUCCAUCAGUGACCUCACAGCCAGGCUCCAGCUCUGGGCCUUCAAGCUGGACUAUGAGAGCCUGGAGCAGGAGAUUGCAGAGCCACUCUUUGAUCUGAAGGUGGGCAUGGAGCAGCUGGCUGAAAACCACACCUUCAAGUGCAUCCUGGCCACACUGCUGGCCAUGGGCAACUUCUUGAAUGGCUCCCAGAGCAGAGGCUUUGAGCUGGGCUACCUAGAAAAGGUCUCGGAAGUGAAGGACACAGUGCACCGGCAAUCCCUGCUCCACCAUCUCUGCCAGAUGGUGGUAGAAAAGUUCCCAGAAACCACUGACCUCUACUCGGAGAUUGCCUCCAUCACCCGCUCUGCCAAGGUUGACUUUGAUGAGCUCGCCAACAGCCUGGUGCAACUGGAGCGGAGGUGCAGGGCCUCCUGGGACAACCUGAAGGUGAUUGCCAAGCACGAGACCAAGCCAAUGCUGAAAACCAAGCUGACAGACUUCCUCAAGGACAGCACCCAGCGCAUCGUUGUCUUGAAGGUGGUGCACAGGCGUGUCCUCAACAGGUUUCACUCCUUCCUGCUGUACCUGGGGUAUCCGGUGAGUGCGGCGCGGGAUGUGAAGGUGACUCCCAUCUGCAAGUUGCUGCGGGAGUUUGCCUUGGAAUACCGCACGUGCCGGGAGCGCGUCCUGCAGCAGCAGAAGAAACGGGCUGCCCACCGUGAGCGCAACAAGACCCGGGGACGGCUCAUCACUGAGACAGAAAAGUUCUUCGGCAUCACUGAGGCUGCUUCCCCACCUGCCGUGGUAUCCAGCAGCCCCAAGGAGCAGAUGGAAGCAGGUCAUGAGAGCAUGAAGAGCCUGCUGGCCUCUCCCACGGACAGCCCUGCCCGCCGCAGCCGCUCCAGCCAGGGGACAGGGCACACCAGCCCGGCUCAGGGCUCUCCAGCCCAAGAGGAUGUUCCCAGCUCCCCAGAUGAUGCUUCAGAUGAAAUCAUGGACCAGCUGGUGAAGUCGGUCACUCACAACACCAACCCACGACCCUGUGCCAACAAGGAGCGCAGGAGGUCCCGUGGCAAUAGGAAGUCGUUGAGACGGACACUGAAGAGCGGGCUCAGCGAUGACCUCGUGCAGGCACUGGGCCUGGGGCGGGCACCUGGCAUGGAGGUUUGAGGGGGCUUGUGCUGCUCCCCACCACUGUAGGAGGUGGUGGCAGGUGCUCCAGGAUUGGCAUCCUUGGUCUCACCUUGCUUUUCCUUGCUGGCCUCCAGCUCCUGGUUGUGCAGGCAGCAGGAUGGGAAUGAUGCCCUGGAGCUGCCUGCUUUAUGGGGAUAGAGGAUGCUCAGUGCCUAUGCACGGGCGUGAAGGCUCUGGGUUCAUCUUCACAACAGUAUUAAAGGGGUUAAGGGGCUGGACCCAGACCCCCUCUGGGAACUGGGUCUGGCCUAUGGCCCCUGUGUUAAUAAAGUAAUUGACACGCU